AUGGGCCUAUUCGGGAUCUUCGGCAAGAAACAGGUGACUUCUUUGGCGUGAUAUUGUACUUGAUAUAAAUUUUACGAAGAAAUCUAUUUCCUAUAUUAUUCAUGGGUUCUUUGUGUUGUCUGGACGUUGUUUGUGGUUCGAGUGGUGUAUAGAACGUUUAUUAUUAUCGAUUACAUUAGUUUAAUGUUGGUUUCAGGACAAAAUGCCCGCCCGAGUGACAAUUGAUUGUCUUGGCGAGAAACUGGAGGUUUUGAUUCAAAACGAAGAGGUUGAAGCGCAGGAAACGAGUGGCGAGGGUGCUACAGAGAGUGGAGAAGGUGCUGAAGUGCCGUUGAAGACGGUUGGAGAGCUGAGGCAAAGAAUUGCGGACCAUUUUCUGCUUGAACCUAAUCAAAUGAAGAUUAUUCAUAGAGGUAUUUCUUUUGAUUGUCCCUUUUGAAUUUAGGUCAUUUUGGAGCUCAAGCAGGGUUUAUUUUGUCCGUGCAAGAAAUUUCACGACAUUUGGUUUGGGUUAGAUGUCAUUUUUACGUUAAUUACCUUAUUUUAGGUAAGCUGAUCGGAACAAACCCGGACGAGAAGCUAAGUGGCCUAAGGUUCAAGGACAAAGACGUCUGUAAGAUCAUGGGCAAGCCUCCAAAAGUUGAUUCUGGCUGGAGUGCAUUGUGCAGCUUCGAACGGACGUUCCUAGUCAAGCUCAAUCAAACUUUCGAACAAAAUGGAAAGGAUCUCGACUUACUGGAAAAGAAUUUCUUAGAUGGCAAGUGUUUUAUUCUCUUUUUUGUUCAAUUUUUAGGUAAAAACCGGGACGAAAUGAUCUCAAAAACGGAGAAAACCCUCCGGGCUUUCAACCUAACUGCCGAAAAACAUCUGGAAGCCAUCGAUGGGCUUCAGAUUUACAGCGACGGGAUAAGCGAAGACCAGAAGACGCGGAACCGCGAGAAGCGGAAGCAAAUCAUCGAUGGGGUCCUCAAAUUGUUGAACUUGAACGACAAGUACUUGGUUCGAUUGGAGGACUACAAAUUCCGAACUGAACAUCCUGAUGAAGGUCGUUGA